UUCUUUUCCUUCACAUAAUAAUAUUUAUAUCUAUUUAUUCGCCAUAAAGAGUUGACUACGACGGCUACGAAACAAUAUUUGUACUCUUCAACGUUGGUGAAUUGAAUGAGUAGAAAUCCAAACAAAAUGGCGGAAAUUGUCUAAAGCUCGGAAGUUGCAAGAAAGUUCUAUUGAAAUUAAAUGAAAUUACGAGUGCAGUGAAAGAGAACCAUGACGGACCAUGUGGAGCCCCAUGAGGCUCUCAUGGCGUGGGCCCGAGAUGAGAUGAAGUUCUACGCGUCUACCUCCAGUGGUACCCGCACUCUACCUGUGGAACAGGACUUCAAGGAGUUGUUCAAAGGGCCCCUCUCUGACAUGUGGUUGUAUGUUCUGAAACACGUACGGUCAGUUCAAGAGAUGUUCGAAUCACGUGCGAAGAUAUCGGCAAGUUCCUGAUGGAAGCCCUCAAUGGAGAGUUACCAGACAGGAGUUCUCUAGAAACUGCAAAGUCCAAUCUGAGCCAGCGGGUGGAGAGUCGAGUGUCCCCGCACUGCGCCGGCACGCUGGUCUCUGCUCUGACCAGCAACACGCUCUCGGCCGCUCAUCGCAUGAGAGAAGACACCAUCAGCCUCAACAUCGCCAAAGAUGUGCAAGAUCUCAGUUUCUCCUACGGCUCCAAAGGUCUCAAGGACUUGUCUGAUCCUCCCACAGUGCAGAAAUCUGUCAGCCAGUUGUUGCAGGCCAGCAACAUGGAGCAUAUUAUGCGGUUUUACAAAGAGCAAGAGCACAAGAACGAGUCGUGGAAACUGGAGGCCCAACUGGAUGAGAUUGUGUCGGAGAUUCACAAACACAUCAACCGAGCGUUUGGGGGACACCCCGACGGUGUGGCUCUGGCCAGAGAAUAUGUGGACUCACUGAUAUCUCUGGCGGCCGAGCGCUCUGUGAUGCCCUGCCUGAAGGGAGAGCUGGACGACUUGACCGCGCGCAGACACAAAGCCAAGCGGGACAAGGAGGAGCUGAGGGAAAAGUUUGCUCGGAUUCAGAACUUCAGAGCUCUUGUUGAAAAGAAGCAGUCUGUGAUUGGUGUCCUGGCUAAACAGAACAGUGGGGCACCGGACAGACUCAGGGAUCAGAGACAACAGGUGCUGAAGUACAUCACGGAGCGCUCCAUGGCUAGUCACGUGACGGAAGUCCGUACGUUGUCCGACGGCCUCAGGAACAGUUUGAGCGCGGAGGUGGAGAAGUUCUCCCAGCUUUUGUUGCCAUGUCUUCUAGCUGUCAAUUUGGACAGCACGACGCGCCGGUGUGUCCUUGACCUCUCCCUGGCUCCGUCCCUGCACCCGGUCUCCUUUGAGAAGUCACAGUUUCACUGCGGCGUUUGCUCCACUCUUGGCUUUCCUGUUUUCAAGUCCGUGGACUGCCUGCCAGACCACGUGCUACACAUGCAGCGUCAGAUCCAGAGACUUCACUUUCACCAGCGGAGGAGUCAGAGCUUUGUGGAGGCGGCACGGGAGGCUGCAGGGGCCGGGGACGACGUCGAUGCCAUUCUAGGUGGGAGCAGCCGGCUCAGCUGUUGACCCCGUGGGUGGUCACGGAAGGCUUGACCUUUGACCAGUGGAUGCGGAGGUGGCGCACGGCCGUCACACAAGUGCACAAGAAAAUGAUACAAAAUCAGAAGCUGCAAAAAAGCAAGCAGUAGUCAAAUCCUGGUUCUCUUGUGUAGAAUAAAGACUAAUGUCUCUGGUGUCUGGCACUGAGGAACCGUCUCCCUGGAAGACUUUUUUUUUUUUUUUUAACAAAAUAGGAAAAAAAAACCCUGCUUAUUUAAACUAUUAAAGACCAUUUCAACUCAAAUUUCCCAUU